UCGAGCCGAACAUCCAUCAAUCUCAGUGUGUGACGAGCUGUUAUAGGAUAAUUGUUAUUUAUAAUUUGGUAAUGUGCAGUUGUUGAUUGAUCAGUGAGGAUUGUUUGAAUUAUUGACAAAGUGAUUGUGGAUUUUAUGUUGAAGCAAAUGACAGAUAGAGUUUGAGGAUUUUUGUGGUUGAAAAGUGGAGGUUGAUAAGAGUGAAGGAUUCAGGAGUAUGUGCAGCAACGAGAGUCCACCGCCGGCGAAGGAGCCCCUUGCGGUUGGUCUAGGGGUUGGCAAUCCAAUGGCAGGAUUUCUGCCAGGUCUAGAGCAGCAUUACAGGCUCCAGUUCUAUCAUUACGCUAUGGCCGAGCGCCUGCGACUAGUCCAGCAAUUGCAUCCCCAACAUCCUGGAGUGGGUCAUCCGAACUCAGGGGGACCUGCAUCACAUCUAGGAAUGUCUCCAGGAUUCCCGGCACCCCUGCCACUUUAUCCGGCGGCAGCAGCAGCAGCGGCAGCCGCGGGCUACCCCAGCAGAUUAGCCCUGUCAAUGGCUCUACUUCAUCCCCAUCAUCCGAGGAUUCCGGAGGAGCCCAAACCCCAGCACAGCUACAUUGGGCUGAUCGCAAUGGCGAUACUGUCGUCACCUGAUAAGAAACUAGUGCUGUCGGAUAUCUAUCAACACAUACUGGAGCACUACCCGUACUUCAGGUCCCGUGGUCCCGGCUGGAGAAACUCCAUAAGACAUAAUUUAUCGUUGAACGAUUGUUUCGUGAAAUCGGGGAGGAGUGCCAAUGGAAAAGGUCACUAUUGGGCGAUCCAUCCCGCGAAUCUGGAGGACUUCAGGAGAGGAGACUUUCGGCGGCGCAAGGCGCAGAGAAAAGUCCGCCGUCACAUGGGUCUCGCGGUUGAGGAGGAACCAGACAGUCCUAGUCCUCCGCCGUUGCCUCCAACUCCACCGCCGGCGGCUUUAGUCGGCCCCGUCAAUCCUCAAGCAUUAUCAGCAAUCUGGAGUCCCCAUCAUCAUCACCAUCAAGUCUCUCAGCAGGCGCAUCACCAGACGCCUCAGCAGCUCUCCCCCCAAUCAUCAUCGCCAACUCACAAUCAACAUCGCCAAGUCCACAGUCAAACAUCGAUGAGGAGUUGCUUCCAGCCGUCGCGGAAACGACAAUUCGACGUCGCCAGUCUCCUAGCACCUGACGACCAAAAUUCCGAAUCUUCGCUUCUCAGAACAGCGAAAGUCCGGAGAUUCAGCUGCAGUGAAUCCGAACACGAGGUCGACCAGAUUGAUCAGGAGGAAGAGGAUGUGGACGUUGAUGUUGAUGUCGACGUAGACGUCGUCGCUGAGGCGAAUCCCUUGUCAUCACCCGUUGCCACCCCCAGUGCUAGUCCUGACGGCAAAAUGGUAUCACCUGGCAGUCACUGUGAUUGGAAUUCGGCGACGGCGCUCAGGGCAACUGCCCAACCGCUAUCCGCCAUUCAUCUUCACAAUCAUCUUCAUGUGAGGAAUUACUACAUUCAGGCGAACGCUACUUCCAGCUCUAGCGUAUAGACUUUUUUGUACUUGAUAAGAUCACAAGUAGAUAAUGAAUAACGAAAUUUGGUGUACAUAAAUCCUUUUUUUUUUAUGAUGAUCUCCAAUGUUCAAAGUGUAAUAUAAAACUGAGUGUAAUAUAUUAGAUUGUAAUGAUAAUUGUAAUUCAUGAUUGUAAAAUCCUGAUUGUGUAAUUCAGGGGAGGAUCCUGCACUGAUAGACUGAUUCAUUUAUUCCUAACGAAAUUCCUCAACUAUCAACGAAUGGUAGAGUUGAAUAUGAAUGCCAAAUGAAUAUUCGUUAAUUGUUAACGAAUGGUUCACUUGAAAAAUGAAAAUUGAGUCAAAAAAGGCUCUUCAAGUGUGCAUUUGUUAACUAUUAACGAAUGAACAUUUGGUGAGAGCGAAUAAAUCAUCGUCUCCAACCAAAUC